UUCGUGUAACAUGUAUUUUGUGUGUGCUAGUUGUUAUAAUUUGAACUGAGUUUGUUACGAAUUCCUUACUGUUUAUUUGUAUAUUUUUGUUUUUUGCGGUUUUUCACCAUUUUUGUUCCUAUAUUGUUUAAUUGAAAUGUCGAUCCGGCCAGAUAUACAUCCUCGAACCAAAAAAACUAUAUACAACGUGUACAAUUAUUUUAAAAUGUUGGCCAGUAAAGAAGACCAACCGAAAAUGGCAAAUUUUUUCCGACUAUGUCAAGAGCGUACGGCAGAUGCUUGUGGAGUAAGUCGGUUUACUGUACAGAGAAUUUGUAAGGAAAGCAAAACUAUAUCUCUUGGUGUUGAAGAAGAGUUAAGUGUCGGAAGUUCUACAGAUAUAAAAUUUCGAUCACCUAGAAAACGUUACAGUCGUAACAAACCUAUCACUGAUCUUGACGAUUUCGACAGUGAAGUGGUCAGAGGGGUGAUCCACAGCUUUUAUGACAAGGAAGAAUUUCCAAGAAGAUUUCUAUAAAGCAGGACUGAGGGACGAAAUAUUAGAGUCGAUUAUUUUAACAAUUUAUCCAGAUGACAGCAGUUCAAGCGACGAUGAUGACGACGACGACGA